AUGAAAUUAUUCACAAGUUUUCAAGGUAUUUUAAAAGUUUAUGAAGCAGCUACUUCUGGGACAACUGUACCGCCUCAACCACCUAUCUCAUCAAUACCCAAUCAUAUUCCAUCACAGUUAUUUUCUCAAACAAGUAAUAACAUUUCUGAUUCUUCAUCCUCAGGUUCAACAACCUCAAAAAGUGAUAGUAAUAUAAAUUUACCUACAACUACUGUAGCUGUAGCAUCUGAAGCAGAUAAUGAGGUUAUUGAAAAAAUGUUAAAAAAAAAUAAAAAUGAUAUUUUGACAACUGGGGAAGAAAUGAAUGUGGAUAAUAAAAUAGUACCAAUUACAAAAUGUUCACAUAAUAGAAGAGUACAUUUUCCACCAGACGAAAAAGGUGUUGUUACUUUUGUUCAUAAUCCAAUAGUUUCUCCAUUUCUAAAUAAUGAUUUUUUAAAUUGUAAUCCAAAAAUUCUUUAUGAAAAGUACAAAAACACGUGUAAAUCAAUGGGACUUGAACCAUUAUCAUAUAUAGUAAAACAAAUUGAAUCAUUUUAUCCUGGUAUAGGAAAAAAACAAGAUUGUUUAUCUUUUGACAAAAGAGAAAUAAGUGCUCAACAUUUAGAUGCUAUAGAAGAAAUAUUGAAAGCAACAAGUUUUGUUGUUAUUGACUUAGAAUAUUGUUUUAUUGAUGAUAAUGUUGCUGAGAUACUUGGAGAACUAAUUAAAUUUUAUAAUCCAGUAGAAAGGUUGAAUCUCUCUUUUAAUAACAAAAUAUCAUCAAAUGGUUGGUAUAGUAUUUGUAGUGCCAUUCCAUAUUGUGAUGAAUUAAAUUAUUUAAAUCUCCGUUAUACCUCAAUUACAAAUGACAAUAGUUUUUCAAUGUUUGCAUGGGCAAUGAAAAUGAGUCAAUCAAUUACGUGUUUACAUUUAGAAAAUGUUAAUUUGACAGGAUUAUAUAUAAAAGAAUUAGUUCAUGCAUUAACAUAUAAUAAUGUUUUAAAAGAACUAUAUCUUGGUGAUAAUAAUUUAAAUAGUAAAGAUGGUGAAGCAUUAUAUACACUUAUUUCAAGAAAUGAUACUAUUGAAUUAUUAGAUUUAAGGAAUAAUUUACUUUGUGAUGAAGGAUUAAAAUAUAUAGGUGAUGCACUUAAAACAAGUUGGGCUAUUCAUCAUUCACAACUUUGUGGUUUAGUUGUAUGGAAUAAUAAAAUUACGGGACAAAGUAUGACUUAUUUAGCAGGAGCACUUAAUGGUUAUGGAAAAUUAGAAACAUUAAAUAUUGGUUGUAAUGAUAUAAGAGAUGCUGGUAUUUUUGAUUUAAAACCAGCAUUACAAAAUCCAUUAUGUAGUAUAAAAAGACUUGGAUUACAAGAUACUAAAUUAGAUAAUCAAUCAGUUAUAUUUUUAGCUGAAUGUUUAACUGUUAACAAAAAUUUAGUUCGACUAGAUAUAAGAAGUAAUCCAAAAUUAAGUUUAGCUGGAUUUAUUGCCUUACAUUCAGCAAUGAAAACAAAUACAACAAUUACUGUUUUAAAUAUUGAUAAAAGUUGUAGUGUAGCAAAUUCUGAAAAGGUCCAAGAACUACAGGAUACAUUUGAUGAAUGUUUUAAAGAAUUAGAAAAAUGUUGUGAUAGAAAUAGGAGAUUAUUAUUAGAUAAAGAAAAAAUACCAUUAAAUAAUGAAUUAAAUUCAGAGACUGAUGAUAACGAAGAUGAAGAUGGUUGGAUAUCAUAUGAUAAUAUUAAUUUAGAUGAUAAAAAACAUAAUUAUGUAUUUCAUGAUAAAGUUCAAAAAUCGGAAUUUAAUAAUAAUGAUACAUUAACACUUGGUGAAUCAUUAAAAUUAUUAAUGUCAGGAAAUGUUCCUUCUAAAAUAUUUAAUAAACAAUCUUCAAAUGAAGAAAAUUUAAAAGAUUCAGGUUUUUCUGAUAUGCCAACAUCACUAGCAACAAUUUUUCGUCCACCCGGUUUAGUUCAUGCUGAAUCAGAUUGUUCAGUUAAUGUUAUGAGAAAAAGACAUAAUUCAAGUGGAGCUGUUAAUAGAGUGGGGAGAUCUUCAACCAAAAAACGCAAUGUUUUAAAAGUUAUACGAUCCUCUUCAUUAACAUGUGAGGAGCAUAUUAGUGAUAUAAAAGAACGGGUAAUAAAAAUGGAAGGAUCAUUACAUGAUAUAAAUAAAAGUGCACAAGAAUCAAAAAUUGAUAAAUCAGAACAUGAUAAUCCAACAGUUGUAAAAGAAGUUAUACAUUCCGGGUUAUCGCAUAAUUUAUCAGCAUCACUUCCCUCUCUUAAUAUUCCACCACCAAAACAAAAAGUUCCGGUUAAAAGAAUUAGAAGAUUUAGUGUAUCACCAGCAUCAAGUUUUACUAAUUUAGCUCCAUGUACAAAAGAUAAUGUUGUAGGAAAUCAAAAUAAAGAAUCAAAUAAACAAAUAUCUAUUCAAACUAAAAAUCGUUUUAUGGUUCAAAGUGUUCCAAAUCUUAGUACAUUAGAUGAAGAUUGUGAAAAAAAAUGUUUUCAAAAUAAUUCAGCUCCUGUAACACCAGAACGUAAAUUAUAUGAUGACAUGACAACUAUAAAAAGUACAUGUCCUUUUGAAACAAUAAAAGAAGAAGAUAAAAAAAUUGUUACUGAUGUAGUAAAUGAUUUGGUAACGUUUUGUGUUUAUGAUACAACGAAAAAAGAACAGAAAAUUGACACUGUAAAUAAAAAUAUAAUAUGUCAUAAAGUUAAUAGUCAAUUAAAAGAAACUGAAUUGGAAAGAGAGACAAAUGUUGUGGAAGUUGUUGAUAUUUUAGUUAAUACUGUAGUUGAGCUUGAUAGAGCAGAAACAAAAAAAACAACAGCAAGAAGUAGAUUAACAAUUAAUAGUAUUUCAAGUCAUCCAAUAUAUUCUUUAGUCAGAUUAUCGUCAAAAUAA